GAAAACUUCCUUCUUCACUAUUUACUCGUCAUGCUACUUUAUUCUAUAUGGCAUUUUGUGUCGUACUUCUAAUCUUUGUGACUAUCCUCGACAGGUUUUCCGAAUGGCCAAUGCUUCUAGGGUCUCGGACAUACCAAGUCGACGCGGACGUGAGAAGAGACAACAACCUUUUCGAUCCCCUUGCCUGUCUCAAGCCACCGAUGAGGCUCGAUGACUUCAAUCUCCAUCAGCACAAAGGGUCGAUCCUCCGGGAUAAGCCCGUUAAUCCGCGCGUAGCCCUUUCGCCCGGGGCCAUACCAACCGGCGUUGCAGCGUCUCAAAUCACGGCCCGCACCGCCUGGAGGGUCCGUAACCUUAUUCCCCCAACAUCCACCAGCCUGGCUGAUCCGCCGUAUUCAUCCUGGACCCGGAAUUCACCCGGCCCGGGGGAUUUGCGCAUUGCAUGGGUUAAGUAGGGCCUCACGGAGAUGAAGGAGUAUUCGCUCGUCCGGAUCUCGGGCUCAAACGGCUGGAUGACCAAGGAGCCCUGUAGCCCACCCAGCGUGCAGAGCUCCCGAAAGGCCGCAUCAUCGGCAUUCCGGGCGGCGGUAAUGGCGAUGCGUCGGGACAGGUGGACGAGCCAGAUGUGGAAAAGUCCUGAAUCUGGGCCUGUAACCCCGACACACUGUACUUCUGAGGGUUCACCAAUUGGGUCCUGAACAUUCGAACCCUUCUUUCCGUGUCUAGAAGCUAGCGCUUGUCGGCAUUCCAGCGCACCAGCUCCAUGGGGUUAACUGUCAUAGGCGCGUGCGGUCCAGCCUUGAUCGACUUGUCUACUUGGCCCAGAAAGGGGAAGAAUCGACGCGGUUGCUUGUAGUACUUGUUGCA